AUGGGAACGGAACCCUCCAUUUCAGAUUCUGAUUGGGAUCGGGCUUUCACGGACGAAGAACUUGAAGCCAUCGACGCCAUUUGCAGAUCCGCCACCACCAUCUCCUCCUCUUCAUCGUCCUCUUCGUCAAUCAAGAAGCGCCACGUGCUGGAGUGCACAAACGACCUUGCCUCGACAGUGUCGCCUCCCAAGACCCGCCGCCGAUUGCCUGAAUCUCUAUUCACUUUCCGGAAAGAACUGCACACAUCAUUCUCUUUUUCUCCUUGCUCUAGAAGUCGGUUUAUUUCUCGUGAUAAUACUGUUCGCUUUCCCUAUCAAGAUGUGAAAUUUGGAGGUCGGAUUGUAUAUAGCAAAACUGUUGAAGAGGUAGAAAAGGCUGCAGAUGAGCUUCUUCAUUUCAUAGAAGCUAAGAAAAGUAAAGAGGGCAAGUGCAUCCUUGGUCUGGAUAUCGAGUGGAGACCCACUUUUAGAAAAGGUGUUGCACCUGGGAAGGCUGCGGUUUUGCAGAUUUGUGGGGACAACAAUAGUUGCUACGUGUUGCAUAUCAUUCAUUCUGGAAUACCUCAAAAACUGCGAUUUCUUCUCGAGGACCCCUCUUCUCUAAAGGUGGGCGUAGGCAUUGCGAAUGAUGCGGUUAAGGUUUUCCAAGAUCACAAUGUAUCUAUAAUGACUUUGGAAGAUCUUUCUAAUCUAGCCAAUUGGAAGCUUAGUGUGGCUGCAAAGAAGUGGAGCCUAGCAAGUCUAACUGAAAUGCUUAUCUGCAGACUGCUCCCAAAGCCAAAUAAAAUCCGACUUGGAAAUUGGGAGGUUGAAGUUCUAUCAAAGGAACAACUAAAAUAUGCUGCCACAGACGCAUACGUCUCAUGGUACCUAUAUCAGGUGCUUAAAAGCUUUCCAGAGCCUGGUGAUAACAACAGUGAGAAAACUUGUCCAGAGUCAAAUGACCAUCAUUAA